UCAUUAUUGAACAAUGCAAAUAAUAAUCAAAAUAAUAACAAUAAUACAACUUCUGCAUCCAUGGCUUCAAAUCAUAGAAAUUUAGAAAAUUUCGUAGCUCCAUCUUUAGAUGCCAGUUGUUCAAUAGUCAACGAUGAAAAUACUAGUUUAACUGAUGUAGAUAUGGUCAUUCCUUCAAGAACACCUUCAACUAUAGGUUUGGAUUUGGCAUUAGGUAGAACUAGAUCUUAUUCGAAUUCUCCUAUCUUAUCAACCUCCCCACUCUCUCCUUCCGAUCUGGCAAAGAAUAAUGGCAUCAAUAAUAAUUACUUACGCACUACAAGAUCAUAUUCCUAUUCAAAUCAAAAUAUCGCAAAUUCACCAAACUCUCCAAUUACAUCCCCAGAGUUUAGUAAAGUUUUAAAAUUUUAUUCAUAUGCUGAUGUUUUAACUGACGAAUUGUCAGAUAAUACAUUACCAAUAACUCCACCAAUUUCUUCAACUUCACCAAUUCCACUAAGAAAUAACAAUGCCCAAUCUCAACAAAGAAAUUUGGCUCAUCCAUCAGUUAUUAGAAGAGAUUCAGCACCACCAAAUUUCCAACAUCAAUUAAAGAAACAUCCAAAUUCAAUUUUGACACGCCCUACAACACAAUCUCCUCCUUUAUCCAAUAACAAAUCCAUUAACCAAACUUUGAUGUCACCUCCAAGAGAACUAACUAGCAAGAAGCAUAGUUUCGUUCCAGUUAAAUCUCAAACUAAAUUUGAAUUUGGUGAUGUUGAAAACUUGUCUGAUGACGAUUGA